AUGUCAAAACUGUGUGGUUCGAACGUAGUUCAGCUACGAGAAGAACUACAGAAACGAAGCCUUGUCACAAGUGGCAACAAAGUACAAGUAGCACGUCUGAGAGAAGCUCUCUAUGACGAAGGUAAGAACCCAGACGAAUUCAAGUUUGAUGAUGCUGACGAAGACAAUGAAAUUAGCACAGGCACGUUUACAACCGCUAAAAUGAUGGAACUUCUGCUUAGUAUGUCAACUGAAAUGAAACAGAUCAAAGAACAAUCCGAACGACAGUCCGAACAGACAGAAGAGUUAAAACAACAGAUCAAGGAACAGUCCGAACGACAGACAGAGGAGUUAAAACAAAUCAAGGACCAGCUAAAACACGUAAAAUUGGAAGUGGCAGAACAGAUUGAAGAACAGUCAACAAGAAUAGAAAUGAUCGAGCAGAAACUUGAUCGUCAGACCGUUGAGGUAGAUCACAAGAUAGACAAAUUGAAGCGAGAAUUGGAGCAAUCCAAAAAAAUGGCCAUGCUGUUAGAUCACGCAUCCGGAAGAACUUUGAAGGUACCAGCAUUUGACGGAAAGAUGUCCUGGAACGUUUAUAAAACCCAGUUCGAAGCAGCGGCAACUAGUAACUGUUGGAACGGUAAAGAACGAGCAACAGCACUGAUACUGGCCCUGCGAGUUUCAGCAGCAGAGGUUCUUCAGACGAUUCCGGCGGAGAACCACUUCAACUAUGAAGUUCUGGUUAGCGCGUUGGAUUUACGUUAUGGUGAAGAACACAUGAAACAGAUUUAUCGGUCUCAGCUUAGAAACAGAACGCAACGAUUUGGCGAAUCCAUUCAGCGGCUGGCACAAGAUAUCGAACGGUUGACAUUGCUGUCGUAUCCGACAUCAGACCCCGAGCAUAGAGACGAAACUGCGCUGGAUACGUUUAUCAAAGCUCUUCGUGAUUCGGAACUCAAACAAUCCCUUCUCUUGUCAGAUAAACGAAAACUCAAGGAUGCCGUUGCGCACAGUCUCACUUUUGAAUCGGCAAAGCUAGCAUCAAAAAGUGACGUACGUCUACGCCAAGUACAUGAAGAAUGCUCUUGCCAGAAGGUGGUUGUGAAACGCGAGCCCCAACAGCCUGGUGUACCCCAAUGCUGGAUUUGUGGUGAAAAAGGCCACCUACGUCGUGAUUGUAAACACCGCCUAAAAGAUAACUACUGCCGAAAUUGCGCGACAAAAUGGCGCAAAAGAAGAGAAAACUAA